AUGUCCCAGCCCCUGACUUUUCUCGUUGCUUUCUCCGCCGUCGUCGGCACCUCCGAAGCCAUUAGACAAAUCCAGUCAGACGCCAGAAGAAAGGAGCAUCGAAGCCGAAAAAAUAAUUUAAUUGUGCGAUGUUCUAAGUCUUCCCAGUAUAGCCCUAUCCUCGAAGGAAGACAUGUAGUUCUAUCGGGUGAUAAGCUCUAUAUAGACACGGGAACCGAUUAUGAGCAGGUGUUUGGUCAUCCAUUCGCAGGAUACUUCCUACCAUAUCCCGAUACUAAAUACUCUGGGCUUGUUUCAACUAUCUGUGAUGAGCCACCAAUUAUGAAUUGGAUCUACGUUGAUAGAAAUACCUACGAGCUUAAGUUCGGUACUCGCCCCUGGGCGCAACCCAACUGGCCUGGACCGUUCGAUUGCUCUCGGCAAGACCAUAGGCUUCUAUUUGCGGGCUGGGAGGGUUUCUUUGCUGUUCAAGAGGGUGACUUCUGGGCUCUAUACUUCGAUAUUGAUGAAGAUCGUCUGGAGUCAAAAGUAAAGAAAGAGAUGUCUAUACUAGAGGUAGAGCUCCUGCGGGUAGAGAUGCGAAUUAAAUCUAUUAAAAAGGAGGAGCCAUCCGAAACGACCCCGAAAGAAGCAGAGGGCCAGGGCGGUUCCCGAAAACCAGAUGUUGGGGAGGACCUAACGCAAACCGAACCUAAAGUCAAUGAAAACCACGCAUACGGCCUAGAGUCUCCAGAUGUGGACUGA